GCCUCAGCAAGAGCCGGAUUAACACAACCAUCCCAAGACCCCGUUCUCGCCUGCAAGACUUGGCCCCAAAAUCACGGAGAACCCAACCGUACCCAAAUUUAUUUUAAUUAUAUAUGCUUUUGGCACUCAUAAAAUAUUGAAACUUUUAUUUAAGUCUUUACAAAAAACGACAGAAAACAUAAGAGAACGACACAUAAGUCAGUCACUCAUCCAAAGCAUAGCAGGCUCUGUUUGUAUUGGGCCGGACUUUACCAACAACAAAUUUGUUACCUUGUAAAUAACGGCCCACAGAUUUGAUUUGUACAAAGUACAAAUUCUAAUUGUCCCACAUCGCCAAUAUAACAUUUCCUUAGAAUGUUUAUAUAUCCUUACCUCAGUCACAUUACUUGUCCCUUCGGGGACAUCCGAUAAAAUUGGAACGAUACAGAGAAGAUUAGCAUGGCCCCUGCGCAAGGAUGACACGCACAAAUCGAGAAAUGGUCCAAAUUUUUUUUUGAAUCCAAACUCCUGAUUCAGUUUCAUCUUAAUUUCAGAAACCAGAGUAGAAAAGGAAGGAGAGGAAGAGCUUAAUCAUACAGAAAUACAGAAAUUAAGGUUAGCCACUCACUUCACUUCAGAAUUUAUUUCCAUUUUUUUAUUGUUUUCUUUUUCAACUGAACAAAAUCUUUGAAGUUUGGAUUUUUCUGUCAUGAUUUUUUAGUAUAUUUUGUCCUAUGAAUGAACAAUUUCAUCUUUCUAUAAUCUUAUUCCUUUUUUAAAGUUAAUAAUUUUGAUUAUAAGCUUAGUUUGAUCAUUGAUGGCAGAAAUGGGGAGAUUUUGUGAUUUGCCAAGUGAAGUUGUGGAGAAAAUCAUGUUGUUGGUGCCUGCAGAUUCUGUAGUAGAAUGUAAAUCUGUUAACAAGUUUUGGUAUUCUUGUAUUUCCACUUUCAUCAACGAUCCAAAAUUUGCAGCUAAGCACCUCCUCAAUACCAAAAGCGAAUCUUCCAUAUCCUUUCUUUGUUUCGAAGACCCUUCCCCCCAUGACGAUCAUCGCAUGAUCACAUACCCAUUGCUCACUAUAAUCCAUGUUGAUGGUGAUGAUGAUGACACUAUAAUCCAUGAUAAUGAUUAUGUCACUAUAAUCCAUGGCGAUGAUGAUGUUGUCACUAUUAUCCUUGAAGAUGAUGAUGAUGAUGAUGAUGAUGGUGGUGGUAAGAAGAAUCAUUUUAGAACAGUCACAGUAGAUCUGAGUAUGCCACUUUUGGAUAUGAAUAGAUGGAAUAAAAUAUAUCACUGUGAUGGACUUCUUUUGCUAGUAAAUGAUGGUAUUGAGGAGACUAUAACUAUGGCGUUGUGUAAUCCUGCGUUGAAAGAAUUCAUGAUUCUCCCACAACCGAAGAAUAGUGUUACGUUUAUAGCUUAUCACCACAUAGGAUUUGAACAUGAUUCUAGAAACAACAAAUACAAAUGUGUUUACAUUUGGCUCGGUGAUGAAGAAGAAUGUAAAGUUGAGGUAUACACAGUGGGUUCUGAUUCUUGGAGAGAGAUCAACAUGUCUCAAGACGUAAUGGAUUAUAUAGUGCAUACUCAACUAUGCAAUGCUGUAUGUUUUGGAGGUGUUUGUUACUGGUAUAUUAGCCAACCUGGAAUUGAUAAGAUCCUCAGUUUUGAUAUGAGUAGUGAGGAAUUUCGUAUGAUAGAUUUGCCAGAUUUUGAACAUUUUUAUGCCGCGGAAGAUUUCUUGGUUUCUUAUAGUACGCGCUUGGCAGUGUGGAAUGAUUCUGUUGUGAUGUAUUUGGCCCCUGAUUUCACAUGGGGGAAUAAGUUAAUCUUUUUUGUCUUCACCAUGGAUAAAGGUGUAGCAGGUGGUUGGACCAAAUAUGUGCAGAUUGGACCACUAGAGAAGUAUUACAAUAACUUACUACCAUUUUGGAAGAAUGAUGAGAUUCUGAUGGAAGUCUUUGUAGAUGAUACGCGCGUAUAUUACUUGGCUUCUUGCAACAUUCGUACUGGAAAGUUAAGAAAUGUUUUUGGUGUAGAUAGAAAACUAAAGAUAUAUUAUAAUUCGUUUUGUUUGUAUGAAAAAAGUCUGGUUUCUAUUAGGUAGGAGGGAGUGAAGGAAAUUUAAUUUCCAAACUCUCUGGUUUGGCUCUAGAAGUGUAGAGACUAAAAUGUUAUUUGUUAAGUUUGAUUUUAUGAUUUAAACAUUAUCUAUGUAAUGAAAUGAAGUCAUUAUUGAUGCC